AUGGCGCUAGUUGGGCUCUUGAAAAACAGAACCCCAUCUCUUGUUGCACUGCAAAACUCAGUCGAAGACGUGAAUACCCCGUUAAAGCGCAGCCCACCUUUAUCCCCUUCUAUGGUUAGGGUACUCUGUGCAAUUCAUACAGGCCCUUGGACAAGGCCGCUGAACUGGGACCUCCACGUCACCCACGAUGGCGAACCCUGCGUUCCUUUCUUCCUCUACGUCCAGCCAACGCCUACGCCUACGCGCACCUCGUGCUCUCAGUUUCAGAAAUUCCGCGACUUUCCCGCAGAGCUGCAGCUACACGUUGUCAGCUUCUGCGACGGCCCUACGCUCUUCCAGCUUAUGCGAGUGUCAUCUGCCACGCGCACUCUGGCCAAACCGCUUUUUUGGUCCUGUCCGGACGCGUGCUUCCUCGCCUACGCAGAACAGGUUGAGGUUUGUUUCGACGGUGCGAAAUACAUCUGGCACGACUGGGAAGCAGGGCUUCGCACCGGCGCAGCAGUCAUGCGACCGCAGCGCGCAGAGGAUCUGGUACGGGACUUCUGGCGAACCGUACAGCACCGAUUCCCUCGCGCGACCCGCGUAACCGUGCGCGAGAGCUGGCUACGAAAAGCUACGGAUCCGCCGCCAGAUGAGUUUAGGAUCCUAAUCCAACAGUGCCCCGCUAGCAUCAGCGCUUCCGCGUCCAUCCUUCAGCAGGGCGUGGACUACCAACUGGAACGAAGCCUAUGGCGACUGGCUCCAGGAGACACUACCGGCACUAUAGGCGGAUGGGAAAGGAUCGAUCCAAGCCGCACGCGACAAAGCAUUCUUCCGCCCCCUAAGGAGUUCCGCGGCCCUGUAGGAGCGUUUGAGCGCAUCCACUAUCAUUUUUACCACCACGCAUUUCGGAAGUGGGCUGUCCGGCUGCUGCUUAUUGAGGCGCGGGAGAGGCACCAUUUCGACGGGCGCCACGAGUCUUUCCAUUGCUUUGACCCAAAUUGCGAGGUCCGGCUCCAGCAACCAGGGGAAUGGACCUUGCAUGCGAUAAACAGUGGUCACGACUCUAAAGGGGAAGGCCCGAUCCCGCCCGAGCAAUACAAGGCCUCGUUUGACCAGCUCAAGAAACAGCUGAAAUGCAUGGAGCAGCAGGACGUCCAUGGGCCCAUGGAGAAGAUGCGCCAGGCCUGGGGCGACGAGGGAAGCGAGGAGCGGCAUAACGCAGAGCGGGCAUUUCUCCAUCAGCUCGAGAAUGACCCCUUGUACGCACAUGGCAAGCCAGCUAAGGAAACGUCCACCUGGUUUCUGUAUGAGCGAGCCAUGGAUCCGGAUAAUUGCUAG